AUGGCCGAUGGAGUGAAAUUUGGCCGAUCGCGAGCAAGUAAAAUGGCCGACAAUCCAAAUCACGGCAUUUACCGCGGCCACCGGCUCAAAUCACCUCCAUCAAGCCUCCACAUCGCAUCUAAAGAAGAAAAUCCAGAUUGGAACGAGCAGAAUUGGAGAAGACCGACGGAAGACGUUCCCGGAGCCAAUUUGAAAUUUUUUCAAAGGAAAAUCGUAAAACCACUCAAUAUUGGUCGACGAAAUUUCAAGAUAGGUCGAGGAAAUCUUCACGGUUCGAGCUGUAGUCCAUACCAUCACCAUCCGGUCGACCAAAACGGACCAGUCUCGGCCAAAAAGGCGAAAAACAGAAAACCAAGGGAGAAUUGUCACAUUCAUCCAACCAAAUCCAAAGCUAUGACGUUUGCACCAGUCAGAUCAUCCUGGAAGCAACCUCAUAUGCACAACCGAUCUUCACAUCAAGGCCAAAAAUUUGGAUAUUUGAGUCAUGACCCGCGGCGAAGUGGAAAGAGGUCAUUUGGAUCACUCGUUGGACCGGAACUUAUUUUCUACCAAGACAUGUCCGACGAGCGCCUAAGUAGAGCCCAUGGAGACUUUGAUGGAUCAAGAGGCCCGAGAUACCGCGCCCAAGGCCUUGGCUCAUCUUGA